AUGACCAACUCAGUUAUUGAUGAAUCCAUUUUCCCUGAACAUAUUUCACACUUGACUUUCUUUAGCAGAGAGAUUGGAUUCGAUUCGAUUACAGACGAAAUUAAAUGGGUUCGUUACUGUUCGCACAAUUUUUCACUAACUGAUGCUUUCGCUGGUGGCACUGGUGCCAAUGGUGACACAGUUUACGUCUGUCGAGCUGAACAUCCAGCCAAGAUGAGUUAUAAAGACGAACUAAUUCCAGGCACAUUUUUUCCAAGCAAUGGUUCAUGUGAAGUCCCAUAUGAUGAUAAAGCUAAUCCUCAUUCAGUCUUUGAUUUGUUAACUACAAAGAAUCUAUCUCGACUACUUUGGGCCACAGAGUCAAAAGGCAAAUUACAAACAGGAACCAUUUCUGGUGGUUACACUGCAUAUGAUGAAGAGCUUUACAUUUCACGAUUCCGAACAUAUGGCUAUACGGUUCUGGGUAAAAUACAUUUGGCUCAUAUGAAAGCUUCGGGACCAGUUGAAGGAGAAGAAAAAUACAGUGAAGAUUAUGAUGUUUUAUGUUUUGUUGAUUAUGAACUGUAA